ACAGAUAAGAAGAUGGAGAAACAUGCAAAUAUAUUGUACAUGCAGAGUCCGUGUGACGACAACGCGGGGCACUUCGCGUACAUCAAAGACCUGUCCCGCCUUGUGAGCUCGCAAAUAAAUAAAAAAGAACACAAGAAAUACUUUUGCGAUCGAUGUCUACAUUACUUCAGUUCGUCUGAAAAAUUGCAGUCAAAUACAACGGACUGCGAAAAGAAACAAUGCGCAAUCCGACUGCCGAGCGAGGACGACAAGUGGCUCGAAUUCAAGAACCACACAAAUAAGGAACGACUUCCUUUUGUCAUUUACACGGACUUGGAGUGCGUACUAUGGCGAACGGAACCGGCAGAAAAGGAAGACGCGUCGUACACUUAUCAGCAGCACGAGAUAUUUAGUAUCGGAUACUACGUGCGAAGCUUAUACGACGAUGUGUUAUCGGUAUAUCGAUUUCGUUGCGGCGAAGACUGCGUUGCGUUCGUUCGGCAACUCGAAGACUUGGCGCAUCAAGUAAAAAUUCUGUUAUUCGGCGAAUGUCCUUAUAAAAACGUUGUCGAGAGAACAGUGGGAGGCAUAUCGUAGCGCGACAUGUUGUCAUAUUUGUGAAAAAUCAUUUGCGUCGCAUGAUACGUGAUUAUUGCCACCUUAUCGGUCGUUACUGUGAUCCCGUGCAUUCAAAUUGUAAUCUAAAUUAUAAAGAUUCAUAUUGCAUUCCCAUAGUAUUUCACAACUUAUCCGAUUAUGACGCGCAUUUUCUCAUCAUAGAAAUAGCUAUGGCGUUCGAAGGCAGAAUCGACGUACUGCCGAUAACAAAGAAAAAUACAUUUCAUUUACAAAACACGUUCAAGAUACCACCGAGAGAUCAGAUUCAAAUUGCGUACGACUGCGGUUCAUAGAUUUGUACAAAUUUUUAAAUACCAGCCUCGGUAAAUUGGCAUCUUUUCUAACAAAA